AUGUCUAAUUGGUCUGAACUUUCUCAAGAUAUUUUACUCAUCGUACUUGAAAAAUUAGACAAUGUAUGUGAUUAUAUUCGAUUUUGCGGUGUUUGUUCGGCCUGGAGAUCAGUUGGCAAAACAGAUAGCCACCGUGUUCGACACCAAUUGCCCUGUCUUCUCUUUUCGAGUGGCAGAAUUUUGCCCAUUAAUCAACUUCCGAAUCAGCAUCCUCUCAAAUUACCUGCGGUUUCACUGCCUCAAGACAGCGUAUGUCGAGGUUCUUACAGAGGAUGGCUCGCCAUUCUGAAUCGAGACAUGACCAUGCAUUUGCAAAAUCCUAUCUCUGGCCAACGGUUUGCACUCCCUCCUCUCACAACUCUUUUAUAUCAUCAUCGACGCCAUUAUCAUCAUGAUACUGUUACGUGGCCAGUUAGGAAGGCUAUUUUAUCCUCAGAACCUGAUUCUUCGUCGAGCUGCUUUGUCUCGGUUAUUUGUUGUCAAGGUGACUUGUUCUAUUGCAAGCUUGGAGAUUCAACCUGGACUCAUUUAACACUACCAAAUUUUGUAGAAGACGGUGGCUUUACCGAUGUCAUAUAUCACAUGGGACAGCUCCUUGCUUUACAAAGUACAGGAACAAUCUUUACCUUUGAUUUUACUUCCUCUUGUACAAGACUGAUCGAGUUAGAUAGGGUUGGAUACUCAUGGAAUCAUUCUUACAUGGUUCACUGUGGAGAUGAACUGUUAAUAGUUUGCCGUUGUACGACUUGUUAUGGUACUACUGAAUUCGAAGUUCACAAACAAGAUUAUACAACAAAACAAUGGAGGAAUGUGAAAGACAUAGGUGGAUAUGCUUUGUUCUUGGGAUAUAAUCGAUCAUUGGCCAUGUUAGCAACUGGUCUGAAGGGCCUAAAACCAAAUCAUAUAUAUUUUAGCUACAAAUUAGAAUGGCAAUCGCAGCGGUCGCCAUCAGAGAAUGACGUGGGGAUGUAUGACUUGGGACAGUCCAAACUUAAGCCACUUUGCCUAAACGGUAGUACUGCAGAAAAGACAUCCAUCUGGUGGGUUCCCAAAUUACAGUGGAUAUGCUAA